AUGAAAACUAUGUAUAUGAACUCCCUCUCUUCGAGCGGGUUCUCUGAAGUUACAGCGAAAAAUGCUACCUCUGCUGGUAUGGACAAACGUAAAUCAAGUGCAGCUCCUCUAGCAGCCUCGCAAGGACCUCAACUGUCGGAUGUCAUCAUAAACAAAUGGGAAAAUUCCUGGUUCCUAGCAGUCUUGGGAGCUAUUAUCCAGACUGAGCCCAAUACUGUAUCAGCUUUGUGGAAGAAACCCCAUGAACAGAAAAGAGGUGAUACUGACAGCCCAGACUUUUGGGAACUGCCUCGUGAAGAAGCAACAUUUCAAUUAACUGAUUAUACAGGAAAUAAGAUUGAAAAAACAGGAAAAUUCAAGGAUAUCAAUAAGGACGCCGAUUACUAUGGCGACCCUGGAUACUGGUUCCUAGCGGGACUUGAGACAGCUGCUCUACAAAUGGAGGGAUAUAUGGGUCUUGAUUUGAAACAUUUCUCUUGGGGCAGCCCUGCUGACGCCUUCAUGAUGUUGACUGGCAAACUUGCCACAGUCGAAUAUAUAGACAGCGAAGAUCAGCUUGCAAAAUGGGUCAGUAAAUCCAGUUCCACACCCGUCGUCUUCGGUACCCUGGACAAAACAACGAAUUGGAAACUUUUUAACGAUAACCGUUGGUAUACAGGUCUGGGCAAUGCAAAAGAGGGUCGAGUGAGCUACAGGGAUAUCCAACAUAACAUGAAUAAAGACUGUUCUCUCAAAGAUGCCAAAAAGAAUUUCUGGAUGGUAGCUCAUUAUGAUGAUGAGACGAUUUGA